CAACAAAAUGAUUGGUUGAAAUCCAAAAUAAUAUGAGCUCCAUUGCUGGAGACUCAACUGUUUUAUUUCGUGAACAGGCUCACACAUGUUCUUGAGGCUAAUGUAUAUGGCCAUCGGAAAUAAUUAAGAUAUUAGGCUAUAAGCCGUCUAGCUGCAUGCCCAGCCGGCUAUUGUAGAGUUUUAUGACUGCUGCUAUAUGAGGUUUCUCCCUCUCCUCUAGAGCAGCUUCAGUCGUGGGAGAGUCUUCCAGACGGAGAGGAGGAGGCCUGCCUCUUAGCUAGAAAUACGAACUGUACUAUACACUGUGGAUAUAAAACAUUUCCUUCUGAUUUAGUUUUGGAAUAUAGGAUUUGUAUUCCGAGGAUCGGGUAAGUCCAUUUAUCAUUGUAAAUGUGUCUAUGUUUUUUGCGCCAAUUGUUGCACCGGCUACGUGUGUACAACGCAGAUGUUUACUUUCUCAAUGCAGACGACUAUUGGACACUUGAUGACGAGCCUGAUGACCACGGCGCAUUACGAGUUGGCUGAUUGUGUUUCACUUGAGGCCCGGAUCGACUGUCGAGUGGUUUAGGUAGUUUCAUGUUGUUGGGGUCCAUUUCUAACUCUGCAACAUGAAACUGUCUUAAUUGCCCCAGUCCCACACAUCCAAACCAAAAGGGAAGCAAAUCGGGGACACACAGAUGAUGGGAUUUGAUGAAAAAUGUGGAGAUGUAUUUUUUUGUAAGCAUGUUCUCAACCUCAUGGCUUGUUAACCGAGAAAUGUUGGCCGGCUAUUGUGUCGGCUAUAUUCUCAACCUGUGUGCUGUCAUGUAUUCUUUGGACAUCUCUGUAUUUCGUCGUUUAAAUAAUCCCACGCGGGAAUGUGUGUUGAAUCUAAACGUGAUCAAAGCAACGUUGCAGUAUGCGUCGUGGAUUUGGGAUUAAGGGUUAAGACGUGAGUGUUUUCCUUGAGUAGUAGUGACGCAGACACGCCAGACAAGGCCUCGGUUACGACCACUGCAGUGGAGGGGAAGGGGAAGGUGAAUUGGGCAACAGCGACCUCCGUGGGCAAUGAGACCGGAUGCUUCCGCUGCGCAAUGGUGUCUUAGACAAAAGAAAGGCAAGGGCUUUAUGGCGAUAUUUAGAUCCGCCAGACAGGCUGUUAUCUCCAGAGGCAAAAGAAGUGAAUAGCCCCUGCGGUAAGCUGGGGGAAAAAACACCCUGAUUUAGGUUUACAGCCUGAGAGCCAUUGGCAAAGUGGCGUCUUUUCCUCCUCUAAAGGUGUUUGUCUAUUCUAACUUUUAGUGCACAAAUAGGCGGGCAGCCGCUCCUUUCCCCCCUCGGCUUGUUUGAUCUCUGCUGGCCAAAUAAAGUACAACUACCAUUGAGGUGAUAGCUUGCAACGAGAAUGCACAUUGUGGACAGCUUGCCUUUGCGUCUCUUCUAAAUGCAAUAGUAUAACCGAGUGGAGAGUAUCCGUGCGUGUGGUACCGCCUGUGGCCUUGUGGGUGUUGGCCAAGCCCUUGGUUUAUUUGCUGGUGAUAAUUAAAACCCGCAGCGUAAUGUGUAACUCAAGGUUGCUGUUUGUGCACGUGAUCUGCAAAUGUAGAGUUAGGUUUAUGAUAUUGCAGACGCUUAUGCAUUUCGUAGAAUACAUUCACAUUUAGAUUGCGUUAUUAUUGCAUCUCUUAAAUAUACAUACCAUUGAAAAAAUAAAUAAAUUGUGAUGGAAUAUUUUUUUCUCACUGCAUGGGCCAGUUGACAUAUUGAUUUUCAACAAAUACAAAGUGAAUAUGCAUUUAUUUAAUUAUUUGAAUGUGAAUGCUUCUUGCGGGAGAUGUAGUUACUAUUAAUUAAUGACAUUUCAUAUAUAUGUUAGCAUUUUAGAAUCUCAAUCUCUGGUCCCCAUGUUUUAAGUGUGCUGGUGUCUCCUGGUGUUCGCCCCUGCUCGCACCAUUUCAUUUUACAAGGAGAAAACCACAAGCACCACAUUACGCAUAUUUUUAGUUCUAUUUAAGUGUAACGUUACACCGAGGCACUGGCUGCGAGCAGCAUUACAGUUAAUUUGUCGCUGGCGGGGAUGAUGGCGACGUAUAGGCCGAUACGAGUGAUACCGGCGGUGUGAAUAUAACGCAUUAAACGAUGGGUUAACUAUUAGAAUAUGAUACAUUGAUUUGGAAAAUAUAUCAUAUCAGGGUAUCACGAGUCAAUUCGGUGGGUCAAUAUUACAUUUUCUCUAGAUUUAUUCGGUUUUAGCUUGUCAUUUUAAUUCAUGGUAUACUAUAUUUUAUGUUCCAUGUUGUAACAAUUUUGAAACAGUACUAAUGUUUCAUGUUUAAUAAUAUGGAGUCAUAAGCUGUCAAGUAAAUGUUAUUUCAUUUGUUAUUUUAGGCCUGUGGUUUUACACAGUAAUUAUAGAUUAACCCAUAAUAUGCUGGUUUGGAACUGCAACGAACACAAAUAAAGACUUCAUUUACUUUUGGUUAAUUUGAUUACCUUUGAAAAAAAUAAAAUCAUCCCCAUUUUAAAGAAAUAAUCAUGCUUAUUGAUUUAUUUUUCCGACUAUGAUAAAUGUGCAAAGUCCUGCAUUAUGUUCUAAAACUUUAAAUAAACUGUCAUGUAGAUUAUUAAGAUAUUGGAGCUGUUUCCCCAACAGAGCCGUGAGGCUCAUCUAAAAGCUAAAUCACGAAAUACGGCUAUUUUAUCAGACCAGAUACGUAGUCUGCUCAUAUGUUUUAAGCAGCAUAGGCCCACAAACAAACUAUCUUUUAUAGAUGUGAAGAAACUGAAAAUAACAGAUGUAGCCCUCUGUUGUUAGAUAUGACCCGCAUAUGUUUUAGUGCUUUAGUCUGUACAAUUGUUUAAUUUGUGAAGCUAAAAAAAGUAUAAAUAAACGGAGGUUAGAAGAUGCCAAAAGAGAACAUUACAACAAUGUGAUUUGUCUCGUGGUCAUAUGAAAUGCAUGGCUUUGUUUCAGAUUCGAUCUGCUACGUUUCUUUAAUACAGUGGUGGUUACAAUGUGUUUCGGUGAGCAGCAAUGGUGCUUACGUGUCCUAUAAAGAACCUCGUAAAAUAGGGCCUCCAAAAACCCACUGCAUCGUUUUGGAUAAUUAAAGGGCAUUUCAACGGCAGCAGUUGGCUAAGAUGUAAAAUACUAAUUUCAUUCAGAUAUUGGAAUGUUUUGUCUCACAGAUAACACAUCUAAAUAAUAUCCUGAUAAUUCUUACCUUUAAUACUAGAGAUUGUUAUAGGAAAACGGGUGAGUAUUUAAUGACCAAAGGGAUUGAUUUAUCCUUUAUUGUUCAGCCUUUAUGGUCACGUGUGUCUGCUACCCAAUGGCAUUGCAGCCUGUCUCCCUGUUCCUAGCCCACUGUAGUUCUCCGUGGGGCCAAGUUGCUACUUGAUUUCUCCACAUUGUUAUUUUGUGAGGCUGGGUUUACUGCGUGUGUAAUGUGUGUGUGGUGUGUGUGCGCGUUUUACUUUUUGCAUGAAUCUGUUGUAUGACUGCGUACAUGUGAACCUAUAUAUUUUUUGCCAUGUCGACAUCUGGAACAUUGAGUUACUACGUCGAUUCCCUUAUUCUGCCCGAGAGCGAGGAGCUCUCUUUGCCGAGAUACCCCCCCGGUCCUGGGCUGCAGCACUCCAGGCAUCCCACCUCCAUUAGCGACCACAGCGAGCUCGGAACCUGCACCUUCCCGUCCAAACCUCCGGUGUUCGGACCGUCGUGGAGUCACGUCCCGGCUCAGUUCCCAGGCGCCGUUUCUUCUGUGUAUCACCAUUAUGGGCAUCCUCAAGGCCCGGUGGGUGCAGAUACAGACGGCCGUUAUCAGUCAUGGCUGCUGGAGCCGAUGUCCGGUUCCCUGCCCAUGGCCGGAUUACCGACGACACAUCACUACGGAAUCAAACCGGAGGGUUUAGGGACGCGAGUUGACGGCGCGCUGCCCGGCUCCCAUACAGCGCUGCUGCUCUCUGAUUACGCCAACGGGACGGUAGCGACGGCAUCCCCGGUAGAAAAGGACGCACAGUCCGGCCAAGGAGGGGACACGAGCGGGGAAGGUGAAGAGAAACCGGGCCUUGAUCCAAUAUAUACCAGAUUGCAGCAGAAAGAGAAAAGACUUGCGCACUGCUGUCUCCCCAUCCUGCAGUUCUCCCAUGUCACCAGAGGGUGGCGACACUGUUCCGCAACACCUGCCUUCCCUUUUUAACACUCCUCAAUGAACCUGCACUGGGGAACACACUCUAGUAACAUUUUUUAAGAGUCCAGCAAAAAUAAAUUCACACCUUUUUCACUGAAGCUGCUUCUCCAGCCUGCGGCUCAGAAGGGAGGAAUAAAAACCUCCACCACACUGUGACUGCUGGAUUAGCCCACUGCGCUCGGCCGCACAGAGCCGCUCUCUCUUUGAUGUUUUUUUUCUUUUUAGGAUGUUUUUAUAGGCUUUAGCUUUAUAGACGCCACCUAUUUGUACAUUUGUAAAUUUAACUGAUGGUAAGAUUAUUAGGAGUAACAUUAAAUAUGAAGAAUUUCCUCAUUUAAUGUAUUUUUUUAUGUUUGAAUUUCCUAAUUAAAAUAUAUGUUAUGUGUAUAUUAGAUAUUUCCACUGAGGGAUUUUCGAUUUAAGCUGCAACACCCACAACAUAAUCAGCUGCCAUGAUCAAACAUUUUGAAACGAGUUUAGUGUAUAUUAUUAUCAAUAGUAGUUGAAGUUGUAUUAUUAUGUUAGUUACGAUUCUUGGGAUUAUUAUUAUUUCUGUCAUUAUUUGUGUUUUUAUUGCAGUGACCGUGUGUUCUUUUAUAUUUGAUUGUUUAUUGUAGGCAUGCUUUACUUAGUUAAUUAUUGGUUUUAUGGACCAUUUAAGUAACAAUGUAAUAGCAGAAAAUACUAUUUGAAGGGUGGAUUACGUAUUAUUAUAACUACUUAUACAAUAACCAUUAUUGUGAGAUAUUCUCACCUCAGUGCACACAAGCAAAGCCAUAUUUUUCAACCUACUAGAAAGUAAACAGUGUCAACACAUUGUGAAUUGUUUGCAAUUGAUACUGAUCGGUAACAUUUAAUUAAAAUAUAGUAGCAUUUUUUAUCAGAGUAAGUACUUUUUAUAUAUCAAACGCUUAAGUAUUGUUUGUAAACCAAUUUACAAACUAACACAAUCCCAUUCUGUCUGAAGUUAUUUUACAGUUAUGAAUAUUGUAUAUUAGUCUAGCCUAUGAAUGUGUGCAGCUUCUUUUAAUAAUAAGUAGGUUCACUGUACAUGAAGAUAUAUGAAAUAAAAACAUAUAAUUAUA